AUGCCUCGUCCGCACCACCAUUCCUCCCACAGCAGCGGCAGCUUAGCCGCCUCUUCUCUCGCUGGCGGAACCUCUUCCAAUAGCAGCUCCCCUUACUUAGGCGGAAGCGGAGGCAAUUCCGCCCUAGGCGGGCGGCGGAGCAGCAGCAACGACUUGCUAGUAGCGGCGCCGUCGGUCUCCUCCUCUUCUCUUUCCACUGGUCCCGUUUCCCCUCACCAAUUCCUCCCCCCGCAUCUCGCGGCAAUGCAGCGCCGUCGCAACCAGUCGUAUUCCCCUUCUUCUUCCCCCGGCCCUCCGUCAACCGUCCGCGCAAUGGGGACCCCUCCGCCAGCGCCUCUUUUAGGAGAGGCGGCGGAUAUGUCUGCGCGAAGCAGCAGCGCCUUAGGCGGCGGUAGUAGUGAUAUCGCUGACAGCGGAGGUACUCGUGGGGGAGGCGGAGGCGGAAGCGGAAUCGGAAGCGGCGGAGGCCGGGUUCCGGUGUUCACGCGCUCGCUGUCCACCAACUCCCCGACGUUGUCGCCCGUCCACCCCUCGUACUCCGCCGGAAAUCCCGCUCCCAGUUACCCCCCUCCUUCCUCCACCGUUUCCCCGCCUUUACCCGCGGCUCCUUCCGCCAAUGCUCCGCCGUCUGGCGCGCUCCCUGGGCCCGCGCUCCCCCCGCUGUCGUCGUCACACGCGAGCAUGUUUGUGGGGCAAUCGCGCGCCAUGAUGAUGCUGCUGGACCGUUGGACGGGCCGCGUCGUACAGGCGAGCGGGUCGGCGGUGGCAGCGGUGGGCCUGAGCCGUGAGCAGCUGGCGGACGUGUCGCUGCUGGAUGUGGCGCAGGGCGUGCGCAUGGCGCAGUGGCGCUCCGCCGUCGCGGACGUGUUCGCGGGGGGCGAGGGGGCCACCGCUGUGCUGCGCUGCCCUUGCCUUUCUCAACCAAUCCGUCCUGCUGCUAUCAAUGCUGUGACAGGUCCAGGCAAGACCACAGGUGACAGGUCCGCUGGUUCAAGUGCAUGCAUGCAUGCAUGCAUCUGCAAGUACACUACCUCAACCAAUCCCCGAUUUCCUGCUCGUGCCGUCCCUUCCGCUCCCCACCCGCUCUACAGCUUCUCCCUGCCGGAGUCCCUGAGGGGAAAUCUAGCGGGCUACAGUGUGGACCUCACGCUACAGCCCUGCCGCCCUGUGCCCGACCCAAGAGCUGUCGUCGGCACACUCGCACUCGUCCGCUCCUUCCCUGCUGGCAGUGCUGCUGCUGCUGCCGGUGCUGGUGGUGGGUCUGGGGCUGGUGCUGGUGCUCGCCUUCCUGUGCCUUCAUCUGCCGCUCGCGCCGGUGGCAGCAGCAUGGGUGGAGGUGGUCCCGGUCCCCUGCCGUGUUCUGUCAGUGUGGACACUGCUGCUUCUCUUGCUGCCAUAGCGAACCGCCACGCCGCCGGCACCAUCCCGACCAGCAUCAGCGCCACAUCAGACGAUAAUGAGGACGGCGACGCCAUUUCUUCCUCCUCUGCUUCUGCUGCCGCCGCUGCUGCUGAUGGUGGUGGUGGUGGUGCUUCGGUGGGUGGGUCAAAGAAGCUCAUGCGGAAAUUCGCCUCGCUGCUCUCCGCAGGAGGGAAGGCCCCGUCUCGCCUAGCCUCGUCCCCAGGCUCGGAUAGCGGAGGCUCGGCGCCGCUGUCGCUUGUGAUCUCCGACCCUACCUCGUUUGACAGUGGUCCGGAUAGUGGGGGCAGCAGCAAGGGAGGGGACAGUGAGGCUGGGGGUGCUGCUGCUGCUGCUGGGGGUGGGGGAGGAGGAGGGAAAGAAGGAGGGAAAGAAGGAGGAGGGUGGUGGGAGCGGCAUGGGUUCGAAGUGCAGACACCCGGAAGGCGGUUGAUUCGGCGGUGGGGGUCAGUGGGAGGCUUUGGGGAGAAGGGAGGAUCGUCAGGAAGGGACGCCUCAACCCCCUCCUCCUCCUCACACUACUCUAUCUUCUCCAAUCGCCCUCCUCCAGGGGAGAAGCAGAGGGGCGGAGGUGCGGGAGGAGUGGGAGGAGUAGGAGGAGUAGGAGGAGAAGGAGGGGGAGCAUCUCCUGUACACGCACCUCUCCCUGUCCCUGCCCCUGCCCCUGUCCCCGCGCCCGUCCCUGCUCCUAUUCCUGUACCUCUCCCUGUGCCUGCCCCUGCUGGUGUCCCCAUGCCUGCACCUGUCCCCGCUGUUCCUGCUCCUGCUGCUGGGGGGCUGUUCCCUAGGCGCCGCCGCUCUCACUCCAGAGGAGCGUCCCUCUCUGAUUCUGAGGGGUCUCGCCUCAUGCAGGUGUCGUUUGGGCCUGGGUAUGACAAGGGGGGGGGUGCAGGGGGAGGGGGAGCGGGAGGGGGAGCAGGAGGGGGCGUAGAUUGGAGAGCAACAGCAGCUGCAGCAGUUGCUGCUGUUGAAAGUGCUGCUAGCAGCAAAUGGCAGGAGGAGGAAGGUGAUGGUUCCCCUGUACGUAGCAAGAGUCAGGGUGCGAGUGGGAUGGCAGCAGGAGGAGUAGGGGCAAGAGCAGGGGUAGCAGUAGUAGGAAGAGACGACUCGCCUGUACGCCUGAGUCUCCCUCCUUCCUUCGUCAGGCGCAGCAGCAGCACAGGCAGCACGUCAGCGCCACCUCUUUCGCUCCCCCACGGCCCCCCUGCUCUCCCCCACGGCCCCCCUUCCCUGAAGAACUCGCUGAGCCUUGUUAUCCCCACAGAGGGGGAUGAUGAAUCGGGCGGGGGAGGAGAGGACGAGGGGAGCGACUUGGGGGAGAGUGUUGGAGAGGCUGGGGAUGGAGGGGACGGGACGCCGGGGGGGGAGUAUGGGUCGGAAGGAGGUGGGGGGGGGGGUGCAAGAGGAUUGGGCUUCAAGCCUCCGUUAGCGGUGGGAGGUAUGGGCGGGACAGGCGCGGGAGCAGCAGCGGGUGUGGGUAUGGGGGUUGUUGGAGGAGGUGUGGGAGGAGGUGUGGGGGAGCGGUCAGGGAGGCCUGCAAGGAGGCGGUUCAUGGAGGUGCAGACGCCAGGGCGGGCCAUGUGGCGGUCGUCUAGCUUCAAGAGCGGGCGCGACAGGGAGAAGGACGAAGCCGCACUGACAUCCUUGGCUCUGGCGGAACAGGGGGAGGGGGAGGUGGUGACGGCGGGGGAUCUGAUUCAUGGGACGUCUGCGCCUAGCAGUCCCAGGGCCACCAGCAAGGUGGUGAGUCUGGCGGGGGGCCAAGUGUGGGGCGCUGCUGUGGCUGUGGGCAGGAGCAGCAGCAGUGGCGGGGAGGGGACUGGCACGAGUAGCAGCGGCAGCAGUGCUGGUGGUGCUGGUGGUGGUGGUGGUGCUGCUGCUGCUGGUGGUGGUUUUGGUGAUGCUGGUGUCAGGCUGAAAGGAGUUCGAGGGUCCGACAAGGAGCGAGCGCGGCGAGGGAAGAAGGGAGGGCUUGCGGAGGAAUGGGCCGAUCUGGGAGGAGGAGGAGGCGGAGGAGGAGGUUUGAAGGGAUUGGGGAGCAAAGGGGUAGGCGGAGCGCGGUGGCUGGCCCCUAUGAACGCACUCUUUUCCAACAAGAGCAGCAGCAGCGAGAGCAGCAAGGGGGCAGGAGGGUUCCCCGGGAUGCCCAAGCCAAAGAAGCUGAUCAAGGGCAACUGGGACAUGUGGGUGUGCGAGGGGUGGGACAGCAUUGCUGCUGGAGACAUUGAUCUUUCCCAGCCUCCAGGGGCAGCAGGGCCAGGCGGAGCAGCAGCAGCAGCAGGAGGGGGAGGAGGAGGAGACGGGGGUGGUGGACUUGGACCAACAGCAGGGGGGGGAGCAGGGGGAGCAGGGGGAGCAGGGGGAGGGGGAGAGGGCAAGAAGCACAGUUUCGCGGCGUUUGUGCCGCGGCUGCACGUGUCUGGAGGGUUGGAUGAGCCGAUGGAUUAUGCGGCAAUGAACCUGCGUGCUGCUCUUGAUGGGGACGCGGGUGAUGGUGAAGGAAGGGCAGGCGAGGGGAAGAAUGGUGAGGUGAAGGUGGCGGAGAGCAGGAGCAGCGAGGGGAGUAAGGUUGCAGGGGAGGGGGCAGGAGAGGGAGUGAGGGAGGGCGACGGGGAGGGGAGUGGUGGGAAGGGCAGGGAGGGCAGGGAGGGCAGGGAGGGCAGGGAGGGCAAGGAAGGCAGGGGGGACAAGGAGGGGGUGACGGGGAUUGAGAAGCUGGAGCCUCGGAGAAUGCUGAUGCGCCUACGGUCGGGCAGGCGGAGUGGUUCCCGGGGAGACCUGGACUUUGGUGCUCUGGGUAGAUCAACCGGGGCAGGGGGGUUGGGGGCAGGAGGAUUGGGCCCAGGGGGAUUGGGCGGUGGAACGGUGGGGCCAGGAGGGGUGUCCGGAGGAGGAGGGGGAGGAGGGCGCGGGGGAAUGGGAGAAGCAGGUGGGGCUGGGGAGGGAACGAAUGAGGAGAGUGGCAAGGGCAGUGGAAACAGUGUGUCUGGGGGAGAUGGUGUGGGAGAGACAGGUGAGAGCCAUCCAGACGCUGUUGGUGCUGCCAGUGGUUUCGCUGGUGCUGCUGUUGCUGCUGGUACUGCUGGUACCGCUGGUGCUGCUGGUGCAGGUGAGCGUGGGCUAGCGAAGGGAGCAGACGAGGGAGAGAGGGACAACGAUACCGCUGGCAAGGUGGUGGUGGUGGCGGAGAGGCCUGAUCCGCGGAGGAUGCUGAUGAAGCUGCGGUCUGGGCGGCGGGAGGAUCUGGCUGAUAGCGCUGUGACACGCGUGGGAAGUGAGGAGGGCGGGGUGCGGGGAGGCACGGGUGAUGAGGCAGGGAAGGGAGGGAGGGGAGGUGAGAAUGGGCUGUUUGGAGGGAGUGAUGAGGGGAAGGAAGAGGGGGAGCGGAAGGGGUCUGCUGAUGUAGGAGGUGCCGAGGCAGCAGCAGCUGCAGCAGCAGGAGGAGGAGGAGGAGUAGGAGUAGGAGUGGCACCACCAGCAGCAGUGCCGGCAGCAGCAGCGAGGCCUGUACGCGGACCGAUGUUAAUGAAAAUGAAGUCUGGGAGGAGGGAAGACAUCUGGGAUGGGCGGGACGCUGAGGCAGCGAAGGAUAAGGAGAGGGAGAGGGGUGAGGAGGGAGAUGGGAAGGCGGCGAGUGGUGCACCGAUGGAGGGGAGGUUGGUAGAUAUGGGGGGGGAAGGCAGAGGUGAGAAUGCAAGGAAUGAGAGGGGCGAAGCAGGCUUGGUUGUGGGGAGCGACGAGAAUGCUGAUGCAACCGCGGUGGUGCUUGCUGUGGGGAGGGGGGAGGCGGAUGAAGCGAGCCAGCUGGCAGAGGAAAAGGCAAAGGUAAAGGCAGAGGCAGAACGAGAGGCAGAGGAUAAGAGGGUGCAAGAGCAAGCGAGGGAGGAGGCGGUUAGGCGAGAGCUGCAGCAAUUGGAAGAGGAAAUGGCAGCACUAGAGCGCAUGCUGGGUGGUCUGAGGAGUGUGCAGGAGCAGACGAAUGCCCUGGAGAAGGAGGGCACGCAUGGGGAUCAGGAGGAGGAGGAGGAGAAGGAGGAGAAGGGAGCGGGGAGCAGUGAGGAGAAGGAAGGGAAGGACAAGGAGAAGGAAGGGAACGAGGAGAAUGGUGGUGGGGGGAGUGAGGAGGAGGAUGGUAAAAGCCCUUCUCUAUCCCAGGCUCCCAACUUUCCCACUCCUCCUCAUCCCUUCACCCCCCCUUCCUCCCCCUCCCCCCUCCCCCUCCCCCUCCCACCCCCCGCGCUCUCCUCCCCUUGCUCCUGUGUGUCCAUCUGGUUACCCAGCGCUCAGCUUGCCACUGCUCGACUCGAAUCCCCAUUCCGCCAUCUUUGUAUCCACUCUUGA